AAGGUAAGAAACGCGAGAGGUGAUGUCGUUUUACUAUCAUUGGUCAACUCAAUAAGGCUCCUCCCCACUCAGAUUUGGUCUGUCAUUCUCUUCCAAAAUCAACGGCGGCGAUUCUCCCUGCCACCACCAACCUCGCCCUCUCUGCCACCACUUUCACUUCAAGAAGUAGCGCUGGUAUCAUAUGGCUUCCUCCUUCCGAGCAUUCUUGAACAGUCCAAUUGGACCUAAAACAACUCACUUUUGGGGACCUGUUGCCAACUGGGGAUUCGUCGUAGCUGGAUUGGCUGACUUGAACAAACCUCCAGAAAUGCUAUCUGGCAACAUGACAUCAGCAAUGUGUGUCUAUUCAGCCUUGUUCAUGAGAUUUGCAUGGAUGGUUCAGCCACGAAACUAUCUACUUCUUGCGUGCCAUGCCUCCAAUGAGACAGUUCAACUCUAUCAUUUCACCCGUUGGGCAAAGUCACAGGGGUAUCUCUCGGGGAAGAAGGAGGAAGCUUCACCUCAGUGACUUGAAUCCUGAUGCUUAAAACUUUCCUGAAUGGGGAGUGCUUUGAAUUGAAUUUGUACUUGAACUUGUGAAUUUAUGAAUAAUUGAUUGUAAGAAGGGUCUUAUGGAAACUGUUAAAGAUUGAGAAUGUGCAAAGAGUAUGACUGAUCCAGAAGUAUUUGUGAAUCAUGGCUUUGAAAUUCAACUUAAUUAUACAGUUUAUUUUGAUUUA